AUGUUUGUCGCGGUUAUAAGACGGCGCUUGCGACCCAAGUCAGCGUCCACGAAAGCGUUUGUCGACCCGCUGAAACGUCGUAAGCCGGGCGUCUUUCAUCUCAGAACAUGUGAACCGCUAGCAAGCGAUGACUCGCCUGACACUGCGAAGCGUGCUGAGCAGGGUCGUUCACGAACAAGCUCUCGAACGCAACGCUCGAGAGCGUCCGCUGAUCCCGAAGCCAGUCGUCGUGGCGCUCGUGCUGGUGGCAGCAGUGAUGAUAUGCGAGCAGGUCGUGGAUUUGGUCCUCAAAGACAACAAGAUCGCACGGAACAAAUUCUGGACGCUUUUGGUUUGCAGCGCGAACGAGCGGGGCGUGACUUGGACCAAGCCGCUGCUGUGUCAAAGGAGGAGGGUGAACGCCUGGCGGUAAGGCUGUUUCGCGGCCUGCGAGCUCUAUUCGGGGGAAACUACGAAGCUCUUGACUCUGCUGAACAGUGGCUACAGCGUCUCGUUCUCAGCAUGCUCGCCUUGGUACUCUGUGCUGGAAUCGGCGUUGUAUUCGAAGCUAGUGCAGCCUCUGGACGCACCGCGCUGCCAGCCGCAGUGGCAGCCUUUUUGCGGGAGCGCGUAGAGCCUGCGUUCACACCGCUUAUGCUGACUUUUUUGGGAUUCUCUUCACUGCUCGGCGUUUAUAAAGCCAUCCAGAUCGAGGGCGACGAGCGUACCCGGUACCGCGAAUGA